AUGCAGACUGCUUCUACCAACAUUUAUGAAAGACUGUGCAAUAAGUCCAUCGGUGAAAUUUCCUUCCUACUAAAUAUUCCACAGUCAACUGUUAGUGGUAUUAUAAUAAAGUAAAAGAAACUGGGAAAAACAGCAACUCAGCCACCAAGUGGUAGGCCACAUAAAAAGACAGCGUGGGGUCAGCGCAUGCUGAAGCACACAGUGUGCAGAAGUCGCCAAGUGUCUGCAGAGUCAAUAGCUAAAGACCUCCAAACUUCAUGUGGCCUUCAGAUUAGCACAGCAGUGCGUGAAGAGCUUCAUGAAAUGGGUUUCCAUGGCCAAGCAGCUGCAUCCAAGCCUUACAUC